CUUAAAGCUCAUCAAAGUUUGUUCCCUGUGUCACCCUAUUAUUUCUCAGCAUUGUCCUCAAGGAGUAAGUAGGAGGGAGAUUUGAUUGAUCAGAUCUGAUUGGGCUAUCAGCCAAGCGGAGGAUUGAGUGAAUGAGGAAGUGUUGCAGAAUAUAAAUCUGGCAACAAAACUGUGGGAUUUGGAGCCAGCAGGAUCAGCAAAGUCCCGCCAAGGUGGUCUUCUUGAGCUCCCUGCUGACGGUGAAGCGACCCUCAGGUUUGAUUCCUGGUUCAUUCCUGCUCUAUUUGGAACCUGACAUUCUUUAAUUAAAGGCGUGGAAAAUUACUUUCAGCAACCUGAACUCAACUUUCAAACAUACGCACACCUCUCUCACAGCGAUGACAAGCCUGAGCACUAAAUAUGCCAUAGGCUGAUUUCAAAGGAUCUGCAGAGGAGCCAUCACGGGCAGAAGGCUGUGUAACAAGUAGAAUUGUGGAUCGAAAAGACAACAGUGAAAUGGAGACACCAGCACACGGGGAACUCUGUCCGGAUAUUUACAAUUCCUACUGUCUUAAUGGAGGCACCUGCUACAUUCUAAUAUCCACUCCAUUCUGCUGGUGUAAUGACAGCUUCAAAGGAAAGCGAUGCGAGGAGUUCCUGCUCCCCAGCCAGCAACCAGAAAGGGCUGUAAAUUCAUUGCUGGUCAUUAUCAUUGUGGUGACUCUGCUCAUUGUGUUACUAGUAGUCACUGGCUGGACCUACUUCUAUUGCAGGAAACGGAGGCAGAAGAGAAGGAAGGAGCAGGGCAGGAGCCUGUACCAGGUGGUGGCCAGACACAGGGCCAAAGAGGUUGGCACCACAAAGCACGAGCUAGACUGCCAACCCAUCUAAGCACAUGGCUGGCACAUGGAAAUGGCCCACAUCUCUAAACUGCCUCGCUCUGAAUAAGCAAACCAAAGCACACAAAGAUCAUUAAGCUACAACUCAAUCUCCCCCCAGAUCAGUAGGAGGGAUCUCCAGAUACUGCCCACUGGAACCUUUCCCUCUCAGAAACGCAUCUUCCAAUCCCAUUAUCCAGCAAUCACUCUUGGUGUCCAACAAGGUGAUUGGACUGAAAAUAGCUCAUCUCCAAACCAACACAAAAAUCCAAGAAUGACUACGAUUGCGUUAUCUGUUUUGUGGAUUGACUGCUAACACUGUAUGUGAAAGGAAUCGAUCCCUUGUAGCUUAGCUGUAGAAUUCAGGCCAUAUUAAGAGAACCACGUUACGACAGUGUUGCUGUACUCCUUGCUACUCUUCAUGGCAGUUUCGCCCCAAGCAAUAGAACAUUACUGUUCCUUCCAGUGAAGCCAAUACUCACCCAAGCAGGUAAGGCUGUCCAGGACAAGUGCGCAGCAGCACACACCACUGUUUCUCCUUUGAUUUGUUCUAUAGGAUGUGGGUGAGAUAGGCAAGGUCAAAAUUAUUGCCCAUCCCUGAAUGACCCUGAGAAGGUAGUGGUGGGAGACUCCUCUUUAUACCAUGGCAGUCCACGUGCUCAAGACACUGCUACAGUAUUGUUGUUGGAAGAGUCUGACCCAACAACGAUGAAGGGGCGACAUACUUCCAAAUGCAAACCAUUCAGUGCAUGCAUAAACCUCGGACCCCACUGGUUGGUGUUGCUCACCUGAGCCGUCACGCAAACAUAGUAAUAUAGUAAUAAGUCCACUGUGAAUUUUCCCAUUUGCGUUGGUAGCUGUCGUAUAUAUUUUAACUGCACAAUGCCCAUUUCCUAAAAUAAAGCAACAGUAUGUUUUGCAAAGUAUCAGAAUGUAUUAUUUUGCACCUGCUGUAUAUCAACUCAGUCCUGCAUAUAUAUUUAUUUUCUGAAUAUCUUUACAACUUAUCAUAUUUUUAAUUACAUUUGUCAACUUCUACCAUUGGAAAUUUCUGUCUUGAUAUUUGUAAUGGAAACUGCCUAUGUAAACAUUUGCUGUAAUUACACAUCCUGGUUAAUGGUGGCACUGCAGCCCUUCUCUCCUCUGCCAAAUGCCCACUCCAAGGCAUCCCACCCCAUCUCUUUGUUUCACACGAGGGUUUCUCUCCUAGUCUCCAACUAGCUCUACUUUGCAAAUUACAUCCAGCUUUGCUGGUUAGCUAUAGAUAUCAAACCAGAACGUUAUCUGAAAGAAAACAGAAUACAAAGUCUUGAAAUGGGGUCAAUACGCCAGCCAACUUAAAAUAACUGCAUUAACCUGACUGAUGCACAGUUUAAAUCAAGACACAAGAGACUGCAGAUGCUGGAAUCUGGAGCAACACAAAAAAGUGCUGGAGGAACUCAGCAGGUCAGGCAGCAUCUGUGGAGGGAAAUGGACAGCUGACAUUUCAAGUUAAGACCCUUCAUCGGGACUGAAAAGGGUGAGAUCGCCAGUAUAAAAAGGUGGAGGGAUGGGGUGGAGCAAGAGCUAGCAAGUGAUAGGUGGAUUCAGGUAUGUAAGGGUAUUGGUAUUGGUAUAUUACUGUCGCUUGUACUGAGGUACAGUGAAAAACUUGUCUUGCAUACCGAUCGUACAGAUCAAGUCAUUACACAGUGCAGUUACAUUGGGUUAGUACAGAGUGCAUUGAUGUAGUACAGGUAAAAACAAUAAUAGUACAGAGUAAAGUGUCACAGCUACAGAGAAAGUGCAGUGCAAUAAGGUGCAAGGUCACAACAAGGUAGAUCGUGAAGUCAUAGUCCAUCUCAUUGUAUAAGGGAACUGUUCUAUAGUCUUAUCACACUGGGGUAGAAGCUGUCCUUAAGUCUGGUGGUACGUGCCCUCAGGCUCCUGUAUCUUCUACCUGAUGGAAGAGGAGAGAAGAGAGAAUGUCCUGGGUGGGUGGGGUCUCUGACUAUGCCGGCUGCUAAACCAAGACGACGAGAGGUAAAGGCAGAGUCCAAGGAGAGGCUGGUGUCCGUGAUGCGCUGGGCUGUGUCCACGACUCUCUGCAGUUUCUUGCGGUCCUGGGCAGAGCAGUUGGGCAGCAAUGAUGUUAGAAGCCGGGAGGUGAUAGGUGGAAGUGACAAAGGGCUGAAGAUGAUGGAAUCUGACUGGAGAGGAAGGUGGAGCCUGGAAUAGAAGGAGGGAGGUGGGGAGGGGAACAGGUGGGAGGAGUGCGUGGGUGGUGGGCAGGUGGAGAGGAUGAUGGGGGCCAGUUGGAUCAGGAGAGAGAAAAAAGGAAGAAUGGAAGGAAGGGGGGGGGGGAGCGGUUACAGGAAAUUUGAGAAUGCAGUGUUCAUGCUGCCAGGUUGGAGCCUGCCCAGGCAGAAAACGAGGUGCUGUUCCUCUCAUUUUCAUUUGGCCAUGACCUGGCAGUGGAGGAGGCCGUGGACAGACAUCUCGGUGUGGGAAUAGGAAGUGGAAUUAAAACGGCUGGCCACCAGGAGGUCUCGACAGGCAUGGUGGACAGAGCGGAGGUGCUUGUCCCCCAGUCUGCAGCUAAACAGUUUAAAUCAACUCAGGCAAAACCCAGAGGUAAAACGAACUCCAAUGUUGUCUGUACCUACCUGCCUGUGAUGCUGCAAGCAAGCUUUACACUGUACCUGUUCCUCACCAUACUUGUGCACACAAAAAUAAACUUGACUUCAUGAUUUCACACCAGUAUAGUCAUAUCCUAAAUGUAGCUUCGACUAUUUUACCAUCGUCAGACCAGCUUGCUUACACCUAAGGCAGCUCCACGCUGGACUGCACGGUGCAGAAAGUCACCGAGCUUGCUAAUUUUUAAAAAGAAUAUUCAUUCAAGGAAUAUUGGCACUUCUAAAGUUAGUAUUUCUUAAUUGCCCUUGAACUAGAUGACGUGCUAGGCUUUUUUUUAAAGAGAGAAGAUAAAUGCAUCAAAAAGCAAACUGCUGGAGAACUCAGCGGGUGAAGCAGCAUCUGUGGAGGCAAAGGGAGAAUUGACAUUUCAGGUCGAGACCCUUCAUCAGGACUAAAUGGAUCCGGUGGU